AUGGAAGAUGUGGUAGUUGUGAAAACGUUAAGACUAUGGGAUAAAAAGAUGAAUGUAUGUGGAAAAUUUGAAUUUCCUUUUGAAGAUAUAUUAACAAUAACAUUGCCAUUAAGCAGAAUGCUUCAAACAGAAAAUUUGGAUAAAGUAACUGCAUAUAAUUUAAUUCAAAGCAUUUUAAAAUUAUUAAAUAAACAUCGAUGCGAUGAAAAUGUCUACAAAGAAAUCUUUAAAGAAAUGUCAAACUUAUGUGAAGAACUAGAUAUACACCUAACAGUUUUAUGGCAAGCUAGUAGGCAAACCUUGAGGGCAAACAUAAAAAAUAAUAACCCUGAAGAAUAUUUUAAAAUAUCUAUUUAUAUUCCAUUAUUAGAUAAUAUUAUCGAAGACAUUAAUGAUAGAUUCAGCAAAGAUAUUUUAAACGUGUUUGAUUAUAAUACCAUUUUUCCCGUUAAUUUGAUUGGCAAGACAUCACAUGAUUUAAAAAUUAUUGCGGAGUCUCUCAUUAAGUCAAUGGGAUGUUUUCUCGAAGAUACUGACUAUGUUACAGCUGUACAGAAGUUAAAAGUAGAAAUUGAAUUAUGGCAAUCAGAGUUUAACCAUUUUGUCAGAAAUAAAGAUUUUGAUAGAGCUAUUAUGGCUCUUUUCAUUUUAAAUGCAAUCAUGAUAUACAUCUGA